AUGCCCCUUGGAAUCAACCUGGGCAAGAACAAGAACUCUGCUGAUGCUGCAGCUGACUACGUGGCUGGGGUCCAGACCCUGGGCCCUUUGGCUGACUACCUAGUUGUGAACGUGUCCAGCCCAAACACCCCAGGGCUGCGGGACCUGCAGGGCAAGGCUGAGCUGCGGGACCUGCUGACCAAGGUGCUUGUGGAAAGGCACAUGCUGCCCUGCCAGCACAAGCCAGCCGUGCUGGUGAAGAUCGCCCCUGACCUCUCUGCGCAGGACAAGCAGGACAUCGCCAGCGUCGUCUGCGAGCGCCACAACCGCACCACGGGGGCCACCCUCAUCAGUGACCAGUGGCUGCUGACCACGGGCUGGAACGUCUACCUGAACCACAGCCAGGAUGCCAAGCCAGAGGAGAUUGCCCCAACGCUGCAGCUCUUCCUGGGCAGCCCGGGGAGCCCAGCCCUGGGCAUCGAGCGCGUGGUGCUGCACCCCCGCUACCCGCACGCCGUGGACCUGGCGCUGCUGAAGCUGCAGCAGAAGGUGCUGCUGGGAGAGGAGGUGAUGGCCAGCUGCCUGCCCCAGAAGAACUACGUGCAGCCGGGGCGGGUGGGCUACGUGUCGGGCUGGGGCCGCGGGGCCACCCUCGCCUUUCCCAGCGCGCUCAAGUACGCGAUGCUGCCGGUGGCGGAGGGCGGGGCGCACUACCGCUCUGUCCAUGUGGAAACACCUUCCUACACAGGGGGUGUCAGCGAGGAGUUCUGGGAACGCAGCCGGCAGCGGGAGAGGGAGCGUCGGGAACAUGGUGUGUUUGCCUCCUCCAAGGAGGAGAAGGAGCGGAGAAGGGAACGCAGCCGGGACCGGGACCAGGACCGCAAACGGGACCGCGAGGAGCGGGACAGGAGCCACCACAGCAGCAGGUCUGAGAGGGACGGCUCCUCGGAGCGCAGCAGCAGGCGGGGCGAGCCCGAGAGCCCCAGGCAUCGGCCCAGAGACGCAGCCACCCCGUCGCGCUCCAGCUGGGAGGAGGACGACAGUGGCUCCAGCAGCACCCGCCGCUCCCACACCCGCCGCUCCCAGUGGGAAUCCCCCUCCCCCAUGCCUUCCGGCCGGGACUCGGAGCGCAGCCACCGGGCUACGGACCGGAGAGACCGGGACAGGUCUGUGAGGAGCAGGUACUCAGACAAGACGCCGCUGCCCACCCCGUCCUACAAGUACAACGAGUGGGCUGAUGACCGGCGGCACCUGGGGUCCACACCACGGCUGAGCCGGGGGAGAGGGCGGCGGGAGGACGGGGAGGAGGGCAUCGCCUUCGAGACGGAGGAGGAGCGGCAGGCGGAGGAGGGCGACCAGAAGCAAGCUGACAGGGACUGGUACAUGAUGGACGAGGGCUACGACGAGUUCCACAACCCCCUGGCCUACUCCUCAGAGGAGUACGUGAAGAAGCGAGAGCAGCACCUGCACAAGCAGAGGCAGAAGCGCAUCUCCGCACAGCGGCGGCAGAUCAACGAGGACAACGAGCGCUGGGAGACCAAUCGCAUGCUGACCAGUGGUGUGGUUCAUCGGAUUGAGGUGGAUGAAGAUUUUGAGGAGGAUAACUCUGCUAAAGUGCAUCUGCUGGUGCACAACCUGGUGCCCCCUUUCCUAGACGGGAGGAUUGUCUUCACGAAGCAGCCAGAGCCAGUCAUCCCUGUCAAGGACGCCACCUCGGACCUGGCCAUCAUCGCCCGGAAGGGCAGCCAGCUGGUGCGCAAGCACCGGGAGCAAAAGGAGCGCAAGAGGGCUCAGCAUAAACACUGGGAGCUGGCAGGCACAAAACUGGGAGACAUCAUGGGGAUCAAGAAAGAAGAGGAGAAGGAUGAGAUGCUGACAGAAGAUGGCAAAGUGGAUUACAAGACUGAACAGAAGUUUGCUGAGCACAUGAAAGAGAAAAGUGAAGCUAGCAGUGAGUUUGCCAAGAAGAAAUCGAUCCUGGAGCAGAGACAGUAUCUGCCCAUCUUCGCAGUGCAGCAGGAGCUGCUCUCCAUCCUCAGAGACAACAGCAUUGUGAUUGUGGUGGGGGAGACAGGGAGCGGGAAGACGACUCAGCUGACCCAGUACCUCCACGAGGAUGGCUACACAGACUAUGACAUGAUCGGGUGCACCCAGCCCCGCCGCGUGGCCGCCAUGUUGGCCGUGCCCGCGGCUGCUGCGGGACUCACGGGCAUCUCGCCCAAGGUGGGCUACGCCAUCCGCUUCGAGGACUGCACCUCUGAGAAGACAGUGAUCAAGUACAUGACGGACGGGAUCCUGCUCCGCGAGUCGCUGCGCGAGGCUGACCUGGACAACUACAGCGCCAUCAUCAUGGACGAGGCGCACGAGCGCUCGCUCAACACCGACGUGCUCUUCGGCCUGCUCCGGGAGGUGGUGGCCCGACGCUCAGAUCUGAAGCUUGUUGUCACCUCAGCUACCAUGGAUGCAGACAAGUUUGCCUCCUUCUUUGGGAACGUUCCUAUUUUCCACAUUCCUGGACGCACUUUUCCUGUUGAUAUUCUCUUUAGCAAGACCCCACAGGAGGAUUAUGUGGAGGCUGCAGUGAAACAAGCCCUGCAGGUGCAUCUGUCUGGUGCUCCAGGGGACAUCCUCGUCUUCAUGCCAGGCCAGGAGGACAUAGAGGUGACCUCAGAGCAAAUUGUGGAGCACCUUGAGGAGCUGGAGAAGGCACCUGCUCUUGCUGUACUUCCUAUCUAUUCUCAGCUACCAUCUGACUUGCAGGCCAAGAUCUUCCAGAAGGCUCCAGAUGGGGUCAGGAAGUGCAUUGUCGCCACAAACAUUGCAGAGACCUCACUGACAGUGGAUGGCAUCAUGUUUGUGAUUGACUCAGGCUACUGCAAGCUGAAGGUUUUCAACCCCCGCAUAGGCAUGGAUGCACUGCAGAUCUACCCCAUCAGUCAAGCCAACGCCAACCAGAGGGCAGGCCGAGCUGGCCGAACAGGCCCAGGCCACUGCUUCAGGCUCUACACCCAAAGCGCCUACAAGAACGAGCUGCUGACAACCACGGUGCCCGAGAUCCAGCGCACCAACCUGGCCAACGUCGUGCUUCUGCUCAAGUCCCUGGGUGUGCAGGACCUGCUGCAGUUCCACUUCAUGGAUCCACCCCCUGAGGACAACAUGCUGAACUCCAUGUACCAGCUGUGGAUCCUGGGAGCCCUGGAUAACACAGGUGGUCUCACCUCAACAGGACGUCUCAUGGUGGAGUUCCCACUGGAUCCUGCACUCUCUAAAAUGCUUAUAGUCUCCUGUGAUAUGGGUUGCAGCUCGGAGAUCUUGCUGAUUGUCUCCAUGUUGUCUGUGCCUGCCAUCUUCUAUCGGCCUAAGGGCCGAGAGGAGGAGAGCGACCAAGUGCGGGAGAAAUUUGCAGUUCCAGAGAGUGAUCACUUGACUUACCUGAAUGUUUACCUGCAGUGGAAGAACAACAGCUAUUCCACGCUGUGGUGCAACCAGCAUUUCAUCCAUGCCAAGGCCAUGCGGAAGGUGCGGGAGGUGCGUGCCCAGCUCAAGGACAUCAUGGUGCAGCAGCGGAUGAGCCUGGCGUCCUGUGGGACUGACUGGGACAUUGUCAGGAAGUGCAUCUGUGCUGCCUAUUUCCAUCAGGCUGCCAAGCUGAAGGGCAUUGGGGAGUACGUGAACAUCCGCACAGGUAUGCCCUGCCACCUGCACCCCACCAGCUCUCUCUUUGGCAUGGGCUACACACCCGACUACAUCGUGUAUCAUGAGCUGGUGAUGACCACCAAGGAAUACAUGCAGUGUGUCACUGCUGUGGAUGGAGAGUGGCUGGCAGAGCUGGGCCCCAUGUUCUACAGUAUCAAACAUGCUGGCAAGUCACGCCAGGAGAACCGCCGCCGUGCUAAGGAGGAGGUGUCAGCCAUGGAGGAGGAGAUGGCUUUGGCAGAGGAGCAGCUGCGCGCCCGCCGCGAGGAGCAGGAGCGGCGAAACCCGCUGGGCAGCGCAAGAUCUACUAAAAUCUACACCCCGGGGCGGAAGGAGCAGGGGGAGCCCCUGACGCCGCGACGCACCCCAGCCCGCUUCGGCCUGUAG